AUGUCUCAGCAGGAGUUGCUGCAGCCUCGCUCGCCGGCUGACAGGGACUCCGGAAAAGGCCCACGGGUGCGGGCGGGCCUAGCGACGCUCGCGAUCACGCUUUCGUCACAUACCAGGCAUCGCCAAGGGGUGAAGGCAAACCUUCCUGGAAACCGCAAGAGCGCGGGUCCCGAGGAGACCUGGGCCGCGGCGCGGGGCGCGGGUCAGGCGGCCCUCCGGGACUCCCAGCGAGGCUCGUGCAGGUUCCGAGGAGGUCCGGGUCCUCCUCGGCCUCCCGGCGGAAGCCGGCCCCCGGGCCUAGGAGGAAGGAGCGCCGGAAGGUCCUCACCGCACACCAGGGGUUUUGACCCACCACAUCAAAGUGACACAAGAACUAUUUACAUAGCCAACAGAUUUCCUCAGAAUGGCCUUUAUACACCUCAGAAAUUUAUAGAUAACCGGAUCAUUUCAUCUAAGUAUACUGUAUGGAAUUUUGUUCCAAAAAAUUUAUUUGAACAGUUCAGAAGAGUGGCAAACUUUUAUUUUCUUAUUAUAUUUUUGGUUCAGCUCAUGAUUGAUACACCUACCAGUCCAAUUACCAGUGGACUUCCAUUAUUCUUUGUGAUAACAGUAACCGCCAUAAAACAGGGGUAUGAAGACUGGUUACGUCAUAACUCAGAUAAUGAAGUAAACGGAGCUCCCGUUUAUGUUGUUAGAAGUGGUGGCCUUGUAAAAACUAGAUCAAAAAACAUUCGGGUGGGUGAUAUUGUCCGUGUAGCCAAAGAUGAAAUUUUCCCUGCAGAUUUGGUGCUUCUGUCCUCAGAUCGCCUUGAUGGUUCGUGUCAUGUGACAACAGCUAGUUUGGAUGGAGAGACGAACCUCAAGACGCAUGUGUCAGUUCCAGAAACAGCAGUAUUACAAACAGUUGCCAACUUGGAUAGUCUCAUAGCUGUGAUAGAAUGCCAGCAGCCAGAAGCAGACUUAUACAGAUUUAUGGGACGAAUGAUAAUAACUCAACAAAUGGAAGAAAUUGUAAGACCUCUGGGACCAGAGAGUCUCUUGCUUCGUGGAGCCAGAUUAAAAAAUACAAAAGAAAUUUUUGGUGUGGCUGUGUACACUGGAAUGGAAACUAAGAUGGCGUUAAAUUACAAGAGCAAGUCACAGAAACGAUCUGCAGUAGAAAAAUCAAUGAACACAUUUUUAAUAAUUUAUUUAAUAAUCCUUAUUUCUGAGGCCAUCAUCAGUACUAUCUUGAAAUAUACCUGGCAAGCUGAAGAAAAAUGGGAUGAACCUUGGUAUAACCAAAAAACAGAACAUCAAAGAAAUAGUAGUAAGAUUUUGAGAUUUAUUUCUGACUUCCUUGCUUUUUUGGUACUCUACAAUUUCAUCAUUCCAAUUUCUCUAUAUGUGACAGUUGAAAUGCAGAAAUUUCUUGGAUCAUUUUUUAUUGGCUGGGAUCUUGAUCUGUAUCAUGAAGAGUCAGAUCAGAAAGCUCAAGUCAAUACUUCUGACCUGAAUGAAGAGCUUGGACAGGUGGAAUAUGUGUUUACAGAUAAAACUGGAACACUGACAGAAAAUGAGAUGCAGUUUCGAGAAUGUUCAAUUAAUGGCAUGAAAUACCAAGAAAUCAAUGGUAGACUUGUACCUGAAGGACCAACACCAGACUCCACAGAAGGAAGCUUGUCUUACCUUGGUGGUUUAUCCCAUCUCAACAACUCAGCACAUGUCGCAGCCAGUUCUUCCUUUAAAACCAGUCCUGAAAGUGAAACUGAACUAAUCAAAGAACAUGACCUCUUCUUUAAAGCAGUCAGUCUUUGCCACACUGUACAGAUCAGCAAUGUGCAAACUGAUGGCAUCGGUGAUGGUCCCUGGCAGUCCAACCUAGCACCUGCGCAGCUCGAGUACUAUGCAUCUUCACCAGAUGAAAAGGCUCUAGUGGAAGCUGCGGCAAGAGCUGGUAUUAUAUUUAUAGGCAUUUCUGAAGAAACUAUGGAGGUUAAAGUACUUGGAAGACUCGAAAGGUACAAAUUGCUUCAUAUUCUGGAAUUUGAUUCAGAUCGUAGAAGAAUGAGUGUAAUUGUUCAGGCACCUUCAGGUGAGAAGCUUUUAUUUGCUAAAGGAGCAGAAUCUUCAAUUCUCCCUAAAUGUAUAGGUGGAGAAAUAGCAAAAACCAGAAUUCAUGUAGAUGAAUUUGCUUUGAAAGGAUUGCGGACACUAUGUAUAGCUUAUAGACAGUUUUCAGCUAAAGAGUAUGAUGAUAUAAAUAGGCGCCUAUUUGAGGCCAGGACUGCCUUGCAGCGACGGGAAGAAAAAUUGGCUGAUGUCUUCCAGUACAUUGAGAAGGACCUGAUAUUACUAGGAGCAACAGCAGUGGAAGACAGACUACAGGAUAAGGUUCGAGAAACUAUUGAAGCAUUGAGAAUGGCUGGUAUCAAAGUAUGGGUGCUUACAGGAGAUAAGCAUGAAACAGCCGUUAGUGUGAGUUUAUCAUGUGGACACUUCCAUAGAACUAUGAAUAUCCUUGAACUUAUCAACCAGAAAUCAGACAGUGGAUGUGCUGAACAAUUGAGGCAGCUUGCCAGGAGAAUUACAGAAGACCAUGUGAUACAGCAUGGGCUGGUAGUAGAUGGGACCAGCUUAUCUCUUGCACUCAGGGAGCAUGAAAAGCUAUUCAUGGAAGUUUGCAGAAACUGUUCAGCUGUAUUAUGUUGUCGUAUGGCACCUUUACAGAAAGCAAAAGUAAUAAGGCUGAUAAAAAUCUCACCUGAGAAACCGAUCACAUUGGCUGUUGGUGAUGGUGCUAAUGAUGUAAGCAUGAUACAAGAAGCUCAUGUUGGCAUAGGAAUCAUGGGUAAAGAAGGAAGACAAGCUGCAAGAAACAGUGACUAUGCAGUGGCUAGAUUUAAAUUCCUCUCCAAGCUACUUUUUGUUCAUGGCCAUUUUUAUUAUAUUAGAAUAGCUACCCUUGUACAGUAUUUUUUUUAUAAGAAUGUGUGCUUUAUCACACCCCAGUUUUUAUAUCAGUUCUACUGUUUGUUUUCUCAACAAACACUCUAUGACAGCGUUUACCUGACUUUAUACAACAUCUGUUUUACUUCCCUACCUGUUCUCAUGUACAGUCUUUUGGAACAACAUAUAGACCCUCAUGUAUUACAGAGCAAGCCUACCCUCUAUCGGGAUAUUAGUAAAAACAGCCUCUUGAGCAUUAAAGCAUUUCUUUACUGGACCAUCCUGGGUUUCAGCCAUGCCUUCAUUUUCUUUUUUGGAUCCUAUUUUCUUGUGGGGAAAGAUACAUCUCUGCUCGGAAAUGGCCAGAUGUUUGGAAACUGGACAUUUGGUACUUUGGUCUUCACAGUCAUGGUUAUUACAGUCACGGUAAAGAUGGCUUUGGAAACUCAUUUCUGGACUUGGAUCAACCAUCUUGUUACCUGGGGAUCUAUUAUAUUUUAUUUCAUAUUUUCUUUGUUUUAUGGUGGAAUUCUCUGGCCAUUUUUGAGCUCCCAGAAUAUGUACUUUGUAUUUAUUCAGCUCCUGUCAAGUGGGCCGGUGUGGUUUGCCAUGCUCCUCAUGGUUGUUACUUGUCUAGUUCUUGAUGUUGUGAAGAAAGUGAUUGAUCGACAGCUUCAUCCAACAAGUACAGAAAAGGCACAGAUGUACUCCAACACAGUUGCUUUAAGUGACGAGUUCAUCGCACUGCAGCCUUUGUCGAGGGCAAGGAAUCAGCUGAGCAAACUUAGCUUGCUGAAGCACAUUCAAGUGUCAAGUGCUUGGACUCCAUGUGCUGUUUCCCAGGAGAGACCCCUUGCACAUCUGUUGGAAGAAUGCUGGAGCGAGUCAUAGGAAGGUGUAGUCCCAACCAUAUCAGCAGGUUGUGGAGCGCAUCGGAUCCUUUCUAUACCAAUGACAGGAGCAUCUUGACUCUCUCCCCAAUGGACUCAUCUACAUGUUAAUGGGACAGUAGAACUCUAUGGGGACAAAUUCACCGGUCCUCAGAUUUGGGGUCAUCAUCCUAUAAAAGGCCACAGUGGCUCUGAAGUUACUUUCUGAAGUCUCUGGAGGAGUUGGGAGCUUCUUGGAGUUCCACGGGAAACAGGAGGUUACAAGAACCCUGCUCUAUUCUUUUUCAUGGGAAUGUGAGCAUACUAAAAUUUGGGAAUAGAUAUACUUCCAAUCUCUUUGACUGGUUUGUCCCUUCUGCUCAUGGAACUCCUGGUGGCAUUGCAGCCUUUGCUGGGGCCACUAUACUUUUAAUAUCAAGGUAGAAGAAAGGGGUAACUCCUGGGUAUGUGUAUUUUUAGGAUUAGUGUGGUUUGGGACUCUUCUAUUUAAAUCUGCUUCUGUAAAUUAUGCUAAAGAUUUGCCUUGAGAACUCUAUUUUUUUUAUUAGAUUAUAUUUGAAGCUUUUCGUGGGGAAAGUUAAUGUGAAUAUUAAAGAAUUUUGGUCCUUCAGUGACCUGUGUUGUUAAUUCAUUAGUGCUUUUUAAGUCACAGAGCAAACUUGGAGAGCACGUGUCUAAGCAUUAUCUUCUGUAGUGUAGGUUGGAAGCUUGUACUGACACCAGACUUCUUUACCAAUACAGUAACACAGCCAGUGAAGCUAACCCUACAAGUGCAAGAGGAGCUUUACAUCUCAUGUCCAAGUCAGAACUAGGGCCAUCACUAGACUUCCAGUUGGUGUUUGCUCAUAACAUCUCAUGUCCAAGUCAGAGCUUGGGCCAUCACUAGACUUCCAGUUGGUGUUUGCUAAUAUUUUUGUGGCCAAAUAUUUAAAUCUGUAGUGGGUAAAUUAGAUACCAUUAUCACAUUAAUUUACAGAAUCUGUCUUAUCUUUUGCAUGCUUCAACCUGGCUAAUAUAUUUAAACUGCCCCUCCCAUUACCCACUCCCUCUCCAAAGACUCUGUUCAUAAUUUUAUGACAAUGUUGUAAAGUUCAAUUGUAUCAAUAAAAAAAACAAGUUUGAACAGUA